AUGGCGACGGGUGCGAAUGCACAGAAUUUGCCCCCUAUCAGGAGAGGAACAUCAAAAAACACGGCCCUCACGGACCCGCCCCGAUCCAUGGAAGACAUCGCGGAAGGGGCCCGCAGGGUGCUGAACCACAUCGAAAACAAUGGCACGGAGGAUCGCUAUGUUACUGGAUAUAUCCGCGCCGUCCGCCAGUACGCAAUCAACGCCCAACGGGGCGAUGGCCAGGGCAUAGCCAAGGUGCUGGAGGCGCUGACCAAAAUCAACCUCGACACUGACCGUCUGAACCAGCGAAUCGACACCAUUGAAAAGACCACGAGCGCCCUAUCGACAACUUUGUCCACCCCUGCGGCGAACUCGGCGGCGGCAUGGCGCACCUUCCGAGCCAGAGAAUGGCAGCGCGACCUAGCCAAAGCGGUGGCACCCAACACCCGGAGCAACGGCAAACGUCGUCUCCAGGAGUGCCAGAGAUCGAACUCCGCGAAGACCGCGAGGUCAUCGUCAAAGUAG